AUGGCUUCCGGUGAACAGAAAUUCCCUCCACAAAAACAAGACACACAACCUGGGAAAGAACAUGUUAUGGAUCCAUUACCUCAAUUCACUAACCCUGACUACGAACCAUCAAACAAACUUCAAGGAAAGAUAGCUGUAAUAACAGGAGGUGAUUCUGGAAUUGGACGUGCAGUGUGCAAUUUGUUUUCAUUAGAAGGUGCUACGGUGGCAUUCACAUAUGUAAAGGGUGAUGAAGACAAGGAUGCCAAGGACACGUUAGAAAUGAUCAAGAAAGCAAAGAGUGUUGAUGCUAAGGAUCCAUUGGCUUUAGCAGCUGACUUAGGUUUUGAUGAGAAUUGCAAGAGAGUCGUUGAUGAGGUCGUUAGUGCGUAUGGACACAUUGACAUUCUUGUUAACAAUGCAGCUGAGCAAUAUGAGUGUUCAUCAGUUGAGGAGAUUGAUGAACCCAGGCUUGAGAGGGUGUUUAGAACAAAUAUCUUCUCAUAUUUCUUCAUGACCAGGCAUGCAUUGAAGCACAUGAAGGAAGGGAGCAGCAUUAUUAACACAACAUCAGUGAAUGCAUACAAAGGAAACGCAAAACUACUGGACUAUACAUCUACCAAGGGUGCAAUAGUGGCAUUUACGAGAGGACUAUCACUUCAGCUUGUGAGCAAGGGAAUAAGGGUGAAUGGGGUGGCACCUGGACCUAUAUGGACACCAUUGAUACCAGCGUCUUUCAAGGAGGAAGAGACUGCUAAAUUUGGUGGUCAAGUUCCUAUGAAUAGAGCUGGUCAACCUAUUGAGGUUGCUCCCUCUUAUGUCUUUCUUGCGUCUAAUCAAUGUUCCUCUUAUUUUACUGGACAAGUCCUUCACCCCAAUGGUGGGAGCGUUGUGAAUGGUUGA